ACCGUAAAACCGUAUAAGUUCCUUUAACUCAAAAAAUCGGAGGAAACUGAUUACCUCAAAAGUUUUUAGGUUGAUUUCAAAAGUUUCUCAAAAGUUUUUAGGUUGAAAAAUCUAUUUCUUUAAGCCAGAUACACUUAAAUAUAACAAAAAUUUAUUUCAAAUUACAAAGUUUGAGUGCAAUUUUCGUUAUAUUUAAGUGCAUCUGGCUUAAAGAAAUUGAUUUUUCAACAUAAAAACUUUUGAGGUAAUCAGUUUCCUCUGAUUUUUUGAGUUAAAUGGACUUAUACGGUUUUACAGUGUGGUUGGCACAACUUGGAGCUGUUAUGGUACAAAACAAGGCUGGCAAAUAAAUUUUAAAAUUACAUUUUAAUUAUGUUUAAAAUAAAAUUAUAAUAAUAAUAAUAAUAAACUGAAUAAACAGUAACAUUAGCAUGCCAUUUGCUCGUAUUACAUAAAACACAGAACACAGUUUUUUUGUUUGUUUGUUUUAACUGUCACUUUUUUAAAUAAAGAAAAUGAAGAAAAGUCCAUGUCAUCAUUUUAUCAUUUACUUGUUUCAUAUUCAUUUCUCUUUAUGGUAUUUUGCGAUUUACCGGUUAUCAUUUCAUAGCCUACUCGAAUCUGUGUAAACCUUGCAUUUCUGAAUUCCAGCUGUCCAGAGGUUAGAGGGCAGAAACAGACUCUCAGUAAGCACAUUAGUCAGUCAUUAACACAGUUUAAACAGAACAUCCACCAUCCCAGCUCUUUAUUUUUCAACAUGUAAGUAUAACGGUUAUUUGAAUCCAUCUUUGCUUUUUAACCUGUAUUAUCAAACAAAUAAACUGUGAUGUAGAGGUAAAUCCAGAAUAAUUUAUGCUCCACCUUCAUUCGGUUAUGUUUGAUAUGUUCUGUGUGUUUUUUUUGCUUGUUGCUAUGUGAAUAUGAUUUAUAUAAUAAAUAAUAACGAGGAUUUGGGCGUUGUUGUGUCUGCAGCGACCAUGGCGAGGACACCUUUCCCCUGCUUGGCAUUGAUUUUCCUCUGGGCUGCUUCUGCUGUCUGUAUGUCAGUUUUUUACAGCAGUCCAAAGGCACACAUGCUCCUACGCUCCAGAAGGGACAAUUUCUGGCUAGAGGAACUCAAGCCUGCAUCUUUGGAGCGAGAGUGCCUUGAAGAGCGGUGUGACUUUGAGGAAGCUAGAGAGAUCUACCAGACCAGAGAGGCCACAUUAGAGUUCUGGAUGGUGUAUACAGAUGGGAACCAGUGUAUCCCAAAUGCCUGCAAGAACGGAUUUUGUGUGGAUCAGUACCGGUCCUACAUUUGCUCCUGCAACCCUGGCUUUGAAGGAAAAUACUGUGAUCUACUUAGCACGCACGCCAACUGCUCGGUGGAGAACGGAGGCUGUGAUCACGACUGCCACGAGAGGCCAGACAAGACAGGACGUUACUGCAGCUGUAUUAAUGGAUACACACUCCAUGAUGACUCCAAACAGUGUGUUCCAAAAAAUCAACAGUCUUGCGGACAGAUUUUGAUCUCUAGGUCAUUCUACUCAACAAAGUCCUUUAAAGGUCUACAACCUUGGCUUUAUGGUGGUGAAGUGGGCAAAAAGGGAGAGAGUCCUUGGCAGGCUCUUAUCUUGAAUUCCCAAGGAAAAUUUCACUGUAGCGGUGUCUUGAUCGAUGAAAACUGGGUUCUCACUGCUGCUCACUGUCUUGAGAAAUUCAGCCGCUUCGGUGUCAGACUGGGAGACUACAAACGUUUGAAGUUUGAAGAAUCCGAGGUCAACCGUUAUGUGGUCAAAAUUGUCCCGCACCCAAAAUACAAUAGCCUAACGGUGGACAACGACAUAGCUCUGCUGCGUUUGGAGUCACCCGUAGCGUUCAGCACGUACAUCGUCCCUGCCUGUCUGCCGAGUCGAGACCUGGCCGAGCGCGUGCUCCACCUCAACGGCACCAUGAUGGUAGUGACAGGCUGGGGCAAGGACAAAGAAGGGACAAUGACAUACAGCUCGGAUCUCAAACACAUCAGCCUGCCACUGGUGGAGCAAUCCGAGUGCGCACACUACAUGGUCAACAACCUGACGGAGAACAUGCUGUGCGCCGGCAGCAUCGGGAGUACCAAGGACGCAUGCAAGGGUGACAGUGGCGGCCCCAUGAUGACUCUAUACCGCAACACGUGGUUCCUCAUCGGCCUCGUAUCCUGGGGCGAGGUCUGUGGCAACACGGACAAACUGGGCGUCUACACCAAAGUCUCCAAUUACAUGGAGUGGAUCGAUAGCGUGAAAAAUAAGCUGUGAUCGAAUCUUGUUGCUUCAGAUCUGUUCUGCCUAUCGUUCCAGAUUUAGUUAGGACUUUUAUUUUGGAAUGGCUUUUCCUUUUACUAAAAACAAGAUCGGAAGGUUGUGAGUUCAAAUCCCAGCGCUACCACUGUUGGGCCCUUGAGCAAGACCCUUAACCCUCAGUUGUAUAAAUGAGUAUAAUGAGUAAUGUAAGUUGCUCUAGAUAACGGCAUCUACCAAAUGCUUCUAAUGUUGUAAAGCCCCGUUCAGAGGGGAUUACAAAAGAAGGAACCGAUUCUGAACAGCUGAAACGAGUCGUUAGUGAUUCCAGACUUUACUUCCUGCACAAACCUAUGUAUGUUUGUAACAAAACGCCCCGCCUCUGGUCUUCAUUGGCUGCUCGCUGACAGCAGUAGACCAAUCACAACAAACUGGCACAUCUGACCAAUCACUACAGAGUAUGCUCUCUGAAAGGAGGAGUUUAGAAUGAAUCCUUUAGAACGGAUCAUUAAACGAGUCAUUUUUGACACUGGGGGUGAGAAAAGGCAAUGCUGCAAUUUAAAGUAUGAUCACAUUAAAGUGUUUUUUGACCUCAGACGCGUGUAAAUCUAUUGUAGGAGAGCUUUAAAACAAAAUUAGGCACGUUUCAAAACCAUAAUAGGUGCACUUUAAAUCUUACCAAAUUCAUAAAAAUGAUCACAUGAGAAUUAUUCGUCCCUACUGUAUUAAUUUAAUCGCUGUCUGUAAUAAUAAUGAUGAGUCUUUAUUGAUCACAUAUACAUAUGCACAGUGAAAUUCUUUUCUUUGCAUAUCCCAGCAUGUUGGGACGCUGGGGUCAGAGUGCAGGGUCAGCCAUGAUACAGCGCCCUCUGGAGGAGAGAGGGUUAAGGGCCUUGCUCAAGGGCCCAACAGCUUGGCAGUGCUGGGGCUUGAACCCCCGACCUUCCGAUCAGUAACCCAGAGUCUUAACCGCAAAUAUUUUAUUAACGACAUCACCCCAUGAAACAAAUCCUGUCCGAAUAGGGCCUAAGACCUAAAUUACCUAAAAAAUAUCAUGUGCCACAAGUGUGUCAUUCCAGAGUUGAAGACUUCACCCAUUUUAAAUUAGAGCUACAGUCUUUAAAAUUCACUUCAUUCGUUUUGCUUUCGAGAUUUUAAAAUGAACCCAUUGCUUGACGUUUAACCUGAGAUGUCAAGAGGAUGUUUAAAAAGCUUCUGUGUAGAAUGAUCUUGUAUUGUGACUUUUACAAAUCCCUAACACUGGAGACUCCUUACAAAAUUGUUGAAUCUCCUUAAAUAAAAUUCCACAAUAUCAAUGAC